UUUCAUUUUCUUUUAUCGAAGAUAAAUUUUCGGUCUGGCUCGAAAUUUGAGCUAGUGCAUAUGAGCCGAUCCUCGCCACCAACAACAGCAAAUUUCGUAAGGUAUCAUUCGCAAAGACGUUGUCAUGUUUAGAAAAAACCAUAGGAAGUCGAUGGUAACGCUUUUCUAUGCUAAAUUUGGAGGAUUCUGGUGCUUCGCCUCCCACAUAAGUGUAGGAUUAGCACCCUAAAAUUCCUGUCCUUCACGAAAACGUAGAUAAAGAUGACAAAUCUCAGUAAAAUUAGGCAAUUACAUCAUAUUUUUAUAUGGUGAGGACAAUCGACAAAAUUUCACCUACUGAUGAACUAAGCAGAAACUCGAAGCAGCAGCAUUCAAGAAAGCAGCAAGCCAUGGAAUGUGGCAAUCAAAUGGCCUUAACGUUGCCAUGGUCCAGUAAUAGCGGCAAGCAGAAUGCAUAGUGAGCAUUUCUAAAUUGUAUCAAACAUUUGAUUAAAUCUUCGCCAUCCACACUUCAACUGUAAUUCCCAGAUUUUUGCCAUAUAUUAUAUAAUAAUAUAUGGCAAGUACAUGGGUUUUGGGUACAAAUAGGUGGGUUUUGGUCAAAUUGAUUGAGACUUUGAUGGUUUCGCUUUUUGAUGUGCUUCUGCGUUAUCGAGAGACGAAUCGUUACUUGGCAAGCCGUGCCCUUAAAAAUUGUCUCGAAAAGGGUUUUUGCACCAGUCGAUUUGACGCAGGCUUGUUACGUCUUGUAUUGCUUAAAGCAUGAUGGUUGAUGCUCUGGGUCAAAUGCAAGUUUACUAAAGUUUGCUUCCGUCUCAUUUUCCUGCCACUUUAUAAUGCCGCAAUCUCGAUCUUGAUUGCGGGCAUAUUCUU